AUGGAAGAUAAGAAAAAAGAAAAACAUUUAAAUUCGAAGAAGAUGUUAGCAAAGAUAAAAUAUGAAGAAAAUAAAAUUAAACUACCUAUAAAAAAUAUGUGUUAUAAAAACGAUCCUCCUGCUUUUGUAACAGUUGUUGGUUCCAAGGACAGCGGGAAAUCUUCAGUUAUUAAAUCAUUAGUAAAAAAGUUUACCAAGCAGUCCUUAGAGCAAGUAACAGGGCCAAUAACUUUGACAGUUUCUAGAGAAAAGCGUAUUACUCUUUUUGAAUGUAAAGAUGAUAUACAUCAAUAUGUAGAUACCUCUAAAGUUUCGGAUAUGGUUAUAUUCGUUAUUAAUGCCACAGUAGGACUUGAAUGUGAAACUUUAGAAUAUCUAAGCCUUCUGUUGUCCAAUGGACUUCCAAAGAUUGUUUUUGUAGUCACACACACAGACAGGAAUAAUGACAAGAAGUUAUUUAAGAAAAUAAAAAAACAGAUUUAUGAUGAGGUAUGUGACGGCUUGAAGUUUUUUUAUUUAGGAAUGUGUGACGGAAAAUACAAUGAUAGCGAAAUUUUAAACUUAUCGAGAGUUAUUAUUAGCAUGAAAUACAGACCUCUUGAAUGGAAAUGUAGCCACCCACAUAUUGUUAUCGAUAAAAUUGAUGACUUUAAUAUUUACGGUUAUAUAAGAGGAUCUCCUAUUAGUAAAGGGGUUGAUGUUCAUAUACCAGGAUUUUGUGAUACAAAAAUUAAAAGUUUUGAAAUUUUAGAGGAUCCUGUUCCUUUGAAACAAGAGGAAAGAUUAUCAUCUAAAAAGGUGUUUUUAUAUGCACCAAUGAGUCAUAUAGAAAAUACUGACAUUGAAAUUAUUUUAGAAAAAUCUCAAGAUGUUGAAAUAAAACAAGUUGAAGAAAUUAAAUUAUUUAAAAAAUUUAAGAAUAAUUUGCAAAAUGAAAAGGCUGAUGAUAGUAUUUGUUAUGAACCUGAUAUCCAAAUAUGUGACGAAAAUAUAGAAGAAGAGGUGAAUAACAACAAAGCAAAUAUUAUUUCAGAAUCAUCUGAUGAUGAACAAGAUUUUGAAAGUAUAAAACAGCAAGUUAAAGAACGUUUUAGAAAAGAGGCUUUUUCUGAAAAUGAUUUUGUUGAAAAGUUUAAUGAAAAGUAUGUUGAAAAGAUUAAUACUGCAGAUAAUAUUUAUUUACAAGAAAAACAUUUGAUAGAAGAAAAUAAAUUAAAAACUGAACAGUUUAAAAUAAGGGAUAUAGCAUAUCCUGGAGAGUAUGUAAAAAUAUAUCUCGAUAUAGACUUUGAUAAAAAUACAGAUUUUUCUAAAAUUAUAAUUUUGGGAAUCAAUUUAAUUUCUGAAACAAAGCAAGAAAUUUUACAAGGAAAAAUUAAGACAAAUAAAUGGUACAACAAAUUACUUAAGACAAAUGAUCCUCUUUUAUUUUCUGUAGGAUGGCGGAGAUUUCAAAGUAUACCAGUAUACAGUUCUAAAACAAGUGGAGAAAAUAGAAUGUUAAAAUACUCAUUUAAACAUGGAUUUUGUUUAAUAAAUUUUUAUGGGACUAUUGUUCCUCCUGGAACCAGCUUUUCAGUUUUUUCUGAAUCAGCUAAAUUCAGAGUACUUGGAUACGGUAAUAUUAUGGACGUUACUGGUGAACAUAAUCUAGUAAAAAAAUUAAAACUAGUAGGAUAUCCCAGUAAAAUAAUGGGGAAUACAGCAUUUAUUAAAGAUAUGUUUACAUCAGAUUUAGAAGUGUUGAAAUUUAAAAAUGCAAAAGUUAAAUCAGUAAGCGGACUAAAAGGGAUCGUAAAAAAUCCAGUUGGCAAAUUUGGUGAGUUUAGAGGUGCAUUUGAAGGAGAAAUGUUGAUGAGUGACAUUGUCAUUUUAAAAUGUUUUGUACCAUUUCCUGUGCACAAAUUUAGUUUUCCUGUAGAAAAUUUUAAUAAUUUUUGGAAGGGACUUAGAAGUCUUCGAGAAAUCAGAGAUGAAUAUGGCAUCAAGAUUGAAGACAAAUAUAUUGAAGAAGUAUCAAGUGAAUUAAGUGAAGAUACAAAAGAUAAUGAAGAGUUUGAGUUGCCUGAUGAAUUAGAAAAGAAAUUGCCUUUUGAUAAAAGAAAAAUACAAAAAGUGAAUCGAAGGAUUCAGCUUCCAGUUGCACCUGAAGAUAAGGAAAGAUUGGAAUUUGAAAAGGAACUUGCUCUCAAGAGAAAAGAAAAAGAGACACAGCUUUUAAAAAAUGCAAAAGCCAAGGAACAAAAAUUACAAAAAGAAAGAGAAGUAUUUGUAAAAGAAAAAGAAGAAAAACGUAAAAAAACAAUAAUAUCCUCAAAGUUACAUAAAAAAAGAUAUAAAAAUUAA